GCGCGCCAUUUUCUAAACAAAAAAGUGUUUUCGAGUGAACAAAAAUGUCUGAUUCUGCAGUUGCAACGUCCGCGUCCCCAGUGGCUGCCCCACCAGCGCCAGUUGAGAAAAAGGUGGCUGCCAAAAAGGCAACUGGAUCUGCUGCCACAAAGGCAAAGAAGCCGACUGCACCACCAUCGCACCCGCCAACUCAGCAAAUGGUGGACGCUUCAAUCAAGAACUUGAAGGAACGUGGCGGCUCAUCGCUUCUGGCAAUCAAGAAAUAUAUCACUGCCACAUACAAAUGCGAUGCCCAAAAACUGGCUCCAUUCAUCAAGAAGUACUUGAAAUCGGCCGUGGUCAAUGGAAAGCUGAUCCAAACAAAGGGAAAGGGUGCGUCUGGUUCAUUUAAACUGUCGGCCUCGGCCAAGAAGGAUCCCAAGCCAAAAGUUGCGUCUGUUGAUAAAAAGGUCAAAAGCAAGAAAGUAACCGUUAAGAAGACCGGUGUCACCGCCAAGAAAGCUGCCGGAGCUGCUGAUAAGAAGCCCAAAGCUAAGAAGGCCGUGGCCACCAAAAAGACCGCCGAGAAAAAGAAAACCGAGAAGGCAAAAGCCAAGGAUGCCAAGAAAACUGGAACCGUGAAGGCAAAACCAGCAGCAACAAAGGCCAAAACUACCGCAGCGAAACCGAAGGUGGCCAAAGCAUCCAAGGCCAAACCAGCGGCGUCAGCUAAGCCCAAAAAGGCGAUAAAGAAAGCAGCUGCUCCUGCUACCGCUAAGAAGCCGAAAGCAAAGACUACGGCUGCUAAGAAGUAAACUGGAAAAGUACAGUAUCUGUACCUGUCCGCGCUCAGAAUCGCAAUUUUAGAUUUUCAAAUCUGAAAUAAGUUUAAACAAGCCCUUUUCA